AUGAGAUUAGGAUUGUUGCUUAUCUUACUUCUUGGAGUAUGUAGUAUCCAGGCUGGAGGCCAAAAGAAACUAGGCAGUACACUGACAACUACUUUAGCCAAUUUGAGCGACAAAAUUCAAUGCUUUCUUAAGAAGCCGGCUGAAAUGCUGACUUUAGAGAUGUCUGAGCCAAUACCUAGCUCCAGCAGCACAUUCCCUCACCUUAGUAUACUGAUGUUAAGGAAUGUAGAUCUGAAAGGGUUUUCUAUCAUUGAUCAAAUUAUACAAACAGUACCGGAAGUUAUAAAGGCCCGCCGACUCACGAUUUUAGUAAUUAACGUUCUACCUGAGAAUGUAGAUCUUGAUUCGACACAUUACACAACAAGCACAUCACCUGAUGGCACAGUGGAUUACGAUAUUACUUGCUACAUCGAGAUACCCAAUGAAGGACCAAGUUACAAUUUACAGGCCGAGCAAGCAGCCGAAUUCAACAAGAAGUUUGUCUCUCACUUUCCCAGGCUGCGCCAGCUAGUGAUCACUGAAGACCCCCAAUCAGAUGCCAGUCUGCCUGAGACUGUUGAGCUAUCCAAGUGUUUUGGCGAGUGUUUUGCCCAUUCCUAUAUAGGUGAUUUAGAGUUAAAGUCGCGUUACUUUUCCUUCUGUUUGGAUGGCAAUCAGAUUCAUCGCCAUUUUCCGAGUAUUCAUACGAUCAAUUUAAGCCACGUCACACUUGAAAUACCAAAAGUAACUGCAAACUCUAGACUCGAAAAGCCUUCUCGCAUUUCCGUACAAUCUCUUGGUCUCUCCUUUAUUAAUAACCCUCUUAUUAACAUUCUUCUAACCCAACACUUUCCCAAUCUAAAGCACUUGCGCAUUUCAGACUGUCCCAAUCUAACUACUCUUAAUCUUUAUAAUCUGGCCAACCGACAAACUGGAGUUGUAGCUUUGCGUCUUCUAACAAUAUGUCGUUGCAAGGUUCUUGCUGAUCUUUCAUUCACCAUCCCAAACCGACACCGUUUAGUUGCCCGAUGGAUCGACCGGUGUCUCAUGAAGUAUUAUAAGCCGUACCGACAGAGACAUGCCAACCAAUACUUAACCGAUCUAACUAUCUACCAGUGUCCAGCUCUAAAACUAACCAAGCACCAUAAAAGAAGCACUCUUAAACACUGUGUUAUUGAUUAA